CGCGUCCUCACCACCAACACCCUCACCCCGUCACCGUAUACACCUCCCAAACCGGCCAUAUCACACCGAUACUCCGCGAACAGCACCCCAGCCCAUUCCGGUGGACCCAUUUUAACAAUCGGCCGUUUUCCGUCCGUUCUCAGACGUGUGCGGAAUACUCGAAUUGUCACGGCCCUCUGACCUAAGACUUUUUACGAACUUCGUCUCUCGUUCCGCUGUUUUUGUGCUGCUUCUCGCGGCAGCUAAGGUGCCACUUGCAGCUUGAUUGGAACAGCUGCAACCCAUUGGCUGUGUCGACAUACCACGAUUUUCAAUCUGUGUAUCGGACAAAGCAUUAAAAAAAAAACCUAGAGAACAUUUCGUCUGCACCACUGUCGCGCCGUACGACCACGCUCGGGGGAGACGGCGACCCCGUACCCAUAUCUGAUCACUUGGCACAUAACGCUUUCAAAGAGAUUAUUUGCAGAAAUUGCAACCGUGGCGACGACAAGAUGCCUUCACGACUUUCGACACCCGUCUUGACGGUGGACACAGCAAAGAUUCACAAGGUGGAUACAGCAAACACACAGAGCCUCCAUGGGAUGUGGAUGGUAUUUUCCAAAUGCGCAGACUUCAUGGAAGAGGGCCGUCGACUAGAGAACCUCAGUUGGAGGUUGUGGACUCGCGAGACUUUCUGUGUAGAACCAGAAAGUUCCAGCGACACCUCGGUCUUGCCCUUGCUUCGUUCGGAAGCCGCCGACUUACCAGAAUUGUCAGCCAGCGUGGAAUCGGCUGCUUCUGACCAGGCGGAACGGAUAGAAAAGCAUAUCAAGCGGCCCAGAGAGGACUACAAGCCUGCCGUUGUUCGGGAGGAUUCAUUUAGCUUAGGGCGAGCAAAGGAGAAGCAUUUCACAUCGUUGGACUUGGAGCGUAUGGUGCUGAACAUCAAGGAGAAGAAAACUUUGGAGCCAAUCUCCCCGGUGGCAACCCUGACCCAACCGGUUGUCGACAUCACGCCCCGGACAUCUACGCCGACUCCUACCCCUCCUUCAAACACAACGCUCAAGCGGCCGACUUUCGCUCUAAACGAGCGACAGAAGCACUCGACUGAGUCGUGCUCAACGACUGCCCCAGACGGUAAUGACAGCGAUGCUGCUAACGUGAAUGUUAAUGGCUCGGACACUAGUGUUUCAUCUUCAGGCAUUCUUCCCUCGAAGCCUCAGUUGAUCAAGUCGCCCAGCAUUGUCCGUGGUUUCUCUCCUUCUCAGAUAUCUUCAUCCUACCGGUCGCAGCCUCGACUCUCGAGUGAUCCGGACGCUUCUAAAACUCAAGUUCCGGCCAAACUCUCGCCUCUAAAGAAAAAGGGCAACAUGUUUACGCUUGGUGGUUCCUCCGGGGAUGAGGACGAGAGUUCUUUUGAAGAUCGCAUGAUGCAGGCUCCUCACCGCAGCUCGCUAUCAGACCAGCUUGAAAAGCGGCCGGGCAGUAACCUCAAUCCUAAAAAUAAGGUGGCAACAUUCAAGGAGCAAGUGGGAAAUCUCAAGUCAAUGAAGGAGCGACAAAGUGGCAACGACGAGGACGCCAUCGAGACCGAUGAUGAUAUCUCCGAGAGUGCUAUUGAAGAUGACGAAGACUCGGACUGGGAGGAUUCAAUCACUGAAAGCGGUCGUUCUAGCGUUGAUGAGAGAGAUAUGUUCCAGCGGGUGGAUUCGCGACCGAACCUGGUCUCACGCCGCUCACUUUUGACCAUGAUGAUGCACCAGCCCCUUAGAAUGGGAGAUGCCUCUCGGUCUACUCCGGCUUUGCAGCGAUCACGCCUUACCUCACCCAACGGCCCUUCCAUUCCUGCGUCGCCCCCUGAUGACGACGAGGAGAACCUGACAAUGAAGGGACCCGGUGUUCCCCGAUCCAGGCCGAUCAUCAUGAAGCCUACUCCUCAAUCUGUGGCGCAUUCCCCGCGUACUACCCGCCGGAACAUGCUUGCUACUGAGUUGACCGAAUCCCUUCGGCGCCACCUCUUGUGGGAGCGGCAGCAAAAGAGCGCGACCGCAAACGCAUUCAAGCGGAGGCAUACCACUCACGACAUGAAGAACCUGAAGGAGUAUCCAGGACCUCAAAACCAGCAGGUGGCGAUGCCGAGCUCCAAUGGGGUAGCUGAUAAAGACGUCGCAAAGACGGGGUCCUUCAACCACUACACUGAUUUUGGGCCUUGGGAAUACCACGCAAAGGGGUGGUAGACUGAUUACGUCCAACAGACGCCUUCUUCUCUUCUCCCCUUUUGAUUAUGAUACCCGAUUUUGACCAAUCUUCCUUCUGUUUACUUUCGCAGACAUGCUGCUUAUCAUCCUUGUGACACGUACCAAUCACGACUGCAUUGCAUUUUGGGCGCACCUAGGGAUUAUAUGGCUGUUAUUUUCGGGUCGCUUAUUCUUGAUUUUGCAUUUUACUCUUUGCAUGGUGGCUGUCUGUUUCCGCGCACUGGGCUUCGGUCCGCUACUACUGAAUAAUCUUUUUGUACAGAUGAUAUUCGACAUGAUACAGAUACAGGGGUACACGGUUGAUAUGGUCACAUGGGAUUUCCUUCCUUUAUUAUUGAUAAAAGGGCUGGGGGCUAUGGUCAUCAUCUUAGCGCGGGUACUGCACCUCUGGACUGUGUCUUUGUUCGUGUAAAAAGAUACCACAUUUGUUCCUUGUUUCUUCUUGCAUGGCCGGUGCAUGUCAUGUACGCUAAUGAAUCCUGGAAAGACUCAAAAAAAUUG